CGGGGGCGAUGGGGGUUGGCGGCGGUGGCCGGCGAUGAGCACCGGGAGUGCGUGAGCAGGUCGGCGGGCGAGGCUGGGGGGCCCCGGAGAACGAGCCGCAGGGCGGAGGGCGGGGGCGCGAGCGCGGCGGGCGGCGGGCGGCGGCCUGGGCGCGGCGGCGGCCGAGAAGAUGGCGGACGGCGACAGCGGCAGCGAGCGCGGCGGCGGUGGCGGGCCCGGCGGCUUCCAGCCCGCGUCCCGCGGCGGCGGCGAGCAGGAGACGCAGGAGCUGGCCUCGAAGCGGCUGGACAUCCAGAACAAACGCUUCUACCUGGACGUGAAGCAGAACGCCAAGGGCCGCUUCCUCAAGAUCGCCGAGGUGGGCGCAGGCGGCUCCAAGAGCCGCCUCACGCUGUCCAUGGCGGUGGCCGCCGAGUUCCGCGACUACCUGGGCGACUUCAUCGAACACUACGCGCAGCUGGGCCCCAGCAGCCCCGAGCAGGUGGCAGCGGCAGCGGGCGCCGAGGAGGGCGGUGGGCCGCGGCGCGCGCUCAAGAGCGAGUUUCUGGUGCGCGAGAACCGCAAGUACUACCUGGACCUCAAGGAGAACCAGCGUGGCCGCUUUCUGCGCAUCCGCCAGACGGUCAACCGCGGCGGCGGCGGCCCGGGGCCCGGCGGCCUGCAGAGCGGCCAGACCAUCGCGUUGCCCGCGCAGGGCCUCAUCGAAUUCCGCGACGCGCUGGCCAAGCUCAUCGACGACUACGGCGGCGAGGACGACGAGCUGGCUGGGGGCCCGGGCGGCGGCGGCGGGGGCCCCGGGGGCGGCCUGUAUGGGGAGCUCCCGGAAGGCACCUCCAUCACGGUGGACUCUAAGCGUUUCUUCUUCGACGUGGGCUGCAACAAGUAUGGAGUGUUCCUGCGCGUGAGCGAGGUGAAGCCGUCCUACCGCAACGCCAUCACCGUCCCCUUCAAGGCCUGGGGCAAGUUCGGGGGCGCCUUUUGCCGGUAUGCAGAUGAGAUGAAAGAGAUCCAGGAGCGGCAGAGGGAUAAGCUUUAUGAGCGACGCGGCGGGGACGAGUCAGAGGGAGAGGAGGUGGAUGAAGAUUGAAACGCCUAGCUUCCCUUACGGGCCUCCCCACCCCACCGCUAGAGAGCCCCCCUUCCUGUUCAUCCCAGUGAGCUAGUGGAGGGGGAGCAAGGGAGGCUCCAGAAGGAGAAAACAAAAUUUAAAAUAGUUAAUUAAGAGAAAUAACCAUAAGAGAGAACAGUUAACGGACAAUUAGAGAAAAGCAGUAAAGUUCCAAGGAAUUGACAGCAACCUACAAAGAGAGGACAGCAGCGCCUCCUCACCUGAGCAAAAGUCUCAGCUUCUGUUGCUUCCCAGCUGGGGUUCCUAAAUCCAUCAGGAUAAUCCUGGGUGGGGUAGAUCCUUGCACAUUGGCCAAGGAACACCUCUUGAGUUACCCAGACCCACUGAUGACAGCUGAAUUUGUAUUAUACCUGGGUAACCUGGUCUUAAGAUAGUGUCUGUCCCUUCACCUCAUUGAAAUCAGCGUUUUGGAUCUAGAUCUUCAUGGAAUUCUUGUGAAGAGAGAGGCAUUUGCAGUUACCCAGUUCUGAGGGUACAAGUUUUAUGAAAAGGAAUGCAACUUUUAAGAAAUCAUAGACAGGCAAAAUAAGAAUUCAAGAAGCCACCAGGGAAUACAGAAACAAAUCGGAUCCAUUUUUUUUUAAAUGGUUUUGCAUGGAACCUGGAACAAGGCCCAUGUCUUGUCUUUGCAGAAUUAUUUUCCGGGAUGCAAAUGGAUUCAGAUGUCAGUCCUUGAACUAGAAUCCGUUAUUAUAAUAUUUUGGAAGUUGGCAAAAUUUUUUCAAAGAUAAAAGCAGUUUUUUUACAUUGGGGGUUGCUGAGGUAGGCACAUGAAGAAAUCAGGCAUAAAGCACAAGGAAAACUGUUUGAGUGGAUUGGUUGCUGCUCACUAAAGUUCUUCCCCGAUCUCCAAAUAUGGAGGUCAUGUCUUAGAUAUGAAUGAGAGCCAGAUCCCCGUGGCUCCACCGUGUGAGCCAGUGAAUUAUGGCUAAUUCGGCAGUUUCAGCCACUGGUUGGCUGGAUUUUAAACCGUAAAACUUGAAGAUAUCUACAAAAGGAACAGUGGCUACAAGCCUGAGCUUUAAUGGAAUAUAAGUCCUCACAGCAAAGUUCGAAAUAACCAAAACUGAAGUCUUCAUCUACCUUCAGUUUAAUCUGUGGAUUUGUUUAAAUACUAAAGAUCCUCAGGUCCAGAAUUCCAGCAACAUUUAUUCUUUUAAAAUAAAUUUUUAAGAACUUGAUCCAUUGUAUCAGUACCUCACAAUCAAAGUUGGCAAACGAUGGAUGAGUGAUUCAAGCACCGUGCCCUUUGGAAGCUGAAAUCCAUCUGAAUGGAGCUGAAGUGAACGUGAAUAUGCUGACUAUAUCCUGGAAGCAUUUUUAUACCAUCUUGAAAUUUCAACAAACUGCCUUUUGCCAGUUUAUCCAGCUGUCUUUCAAGAAUAAAAGUUGGGGUUUUCAAGGAUCGCC